AGUGGCAACAUUAUUUUAGUUCUGUGGCCGCUGCUCGUCCUGUCCCCUCCACUCCCAUUGCUGUUCUGCCUGGUUUAGGACUUGCUUUGGAUACUUUUGGAGUUGCACCCCCUGUCCUGUUGGUUUCAACGAUUGAAAGAUUUUCAGUUUUGCGUGUGGCGGGGAGCCUGGAGUCUGAACUUAUCAGCCAGCCAGUCAGAAUGUCUGCAUCAUUCCACGUGAAACAGCACCACCACCACAGUGACAAGAAGCAGCAGCAUGAGAGCAUCAGCCAUCACAGCUCUCGCUCCUCUUUUAGUCAGCUGUCAUAUGCUGCCCACAAGAGAAUCCAGCACAGCACCAUAGGAGAGCAGCAGAGUUUUGUCAAAUCAGAGAAGAGGUCGGAGUUCAUACCUAGCCAGCUGCUGCCGCCGAGAGUCAAGAAGUACCUGGCUAUGGACCCUGACACCAACGAUGUCAUUGGAUACAUAGUUCCUGUCUUUAGGACCAGCCAUGAGUUUGCCCGGGGCCUAGUUGAGGUCCAGGAAGAAGUGAAGGAAGAGGGGGUGGGACAUGUUGCCAUGAGGAACCUGUUCUCCCUGGAGACCAGCUCCCUGGAGACCAGCUCCAUGGAGACGAUUACCGUGGAGAAGAAGAGCAGGAAGAGGCACAUUAGAGAGUCAGCUGACCGCCUGGAGCUCAGCAAGAAGGUUGAGGAGAGAGCAGAGUUCCGUAAGAAGCAGAACAGUGACAACCUAACCCAUCCUCCUGAGUUCAUAGUUCGUCCCCGAGGACAGACUGUCUGGGAGGGCAAGACUGUCAAGCUGCACUGCACCGUGUCUGGAUGGCCUAAACCACGUAUUGCAUGGUAUAAGAACAAUGUGGUGAUAGAUGAGAAGGCCCAUCCUGACAAAUACACGGCAGAGAGUAACUACAACAUGCACUCUCUGGAAAUCAAGAGGUAGGUAGCUGUAGUAACCCUGACAACACUCUCUGUAGAUCAAGAGGUAGGUUGCCGUAAGCCUGUGGUUAUCAAGAGGUUCCAGGAGGGAGAACUUGGGAACCCUAACCCUAAACCAUAUGGGUUCUGCUCUGAGCACGGCGUGACCUUUGAGACAGCCAUCAUAGACUGCGUUCGGCCGGGAGGAGAGACUCUAAGUCUGGGCUGCACCAUCAUCGUCUACCCCACCGUUAAACGCUACCAGCCUGAUGUCCUCUGGUACAGAGAUGGCAAGGCCCUGGCAGAGUCCAAGUGGGUCCACACCCACUGGAGUGGAGAGAAAGCCACCCUGACACUGGUCCAUCUUAACAAGGAGGAUGAAGGACUCUACACCCUGAGAGUCAACACCAAGUCUGGCUUCCAGUCCUACUCCGCUUACGUCUUCGUCAGAGAUGAAGAGGUGGAGUUGGAAGGUGUUCCCGUGGCGCCCCUGGACGUACGUUGCCAUGACGCCAACAAGGACUACGUUGUGGUGACAUGGAAACAGCCUGCGGUGGAGGGAAGUAGCUCCAUCUUGGGAUACUUCAUUGAUAGGUGUGAGGUGGGCCACCACCACUGGGCUCAGUGUAACGACACCCCUGUGAAGUACGCCCGUUUCCCGGUAACGGGGCUGAUUGAGGGGAGGAGCUAUACCUUCCGGGUCAGAGCCAUCAACCGGGCUGGGGUCAGCCGACCUUCUAGAGCCUCUGAUCCUGUUACCGCCAUAGACCCCCACGACAGGGCUCGCCAUCGAGCUGGUCCCUCUGCUCCCUUCACCGGAAUGAUCAAGUUCACUGAGGAAGACGCUACAGUGGGCGUGGUACCAGGUGAGCCCACCGACCUGGUGGUUACCGAGGCAACGAAGAACUACGUGGUUCUGGCCUGGUCUCCGCCCGCUCAAAGAGGUCAUGAAGGGGUUGUGUACCUCGUAGAGAAGUGUGUUGCUGGUAGUGAGUGCUGGCAGAGGGCCAACACAGGAAUGCCCGUCAAGUCUCCUCGCUUCGCGCUGUUUGAUCUGGCAGAGGGGAAGAGCUACAGCUUCAGAGUCCGCUGCUGCAACUCUGCUGGGAUGUCUGAGGCCUCCUCUGCUACUGGAGAUGUCACUGUAGGAGACAUGCUGGACCUGCCUGCGGCCCCCGGCCCAGCCGUAGCCACUAGGAACACAGAUACAUCAGUCGUUGUUUCCUGGGGGGCGUCUAAGGAUGUAAAACACCUGGUGGGAUAUUACAUCAACUAUACUGUGGCGGGCAGUGAUGUCUGGACACCCGCAAACAACAAGCCUGUUAAAGGAACCAGGUUUGUGUGCCACGGUCUGAACACAGGAGAGUCGUGUGUGUUCCGUGUGAAGGCGGUGAACGCAGCAGGGUACAGUAACAGCUCUUUGGAGUCAGAGGCCGUGGUCGUCAAGGCUGGCAUCGCCAUCCCUGGUGUCCCCAGUGGAGUCCACCUGAUGGAGGCAGCUCGUGACUACAUGGUGUUAGCCUGGAGGGAGCCGGCGGUGACCGGGGGAGCUGACAUCAGAGGAUACUUUGUGGACUACAGGACAGUAAAGGGUGGAGUUGGAGGACAGUGGCAUGAACUCAACCCCAAGGCUGUCACCUGUACUUCCUAUAAGGCAGAGAACCUGAAGGAGAACUUGUUCUACCAGUUCCAAGUGCGAGCCAUUAACAUGGCCGGGGUCAGCGAGGCCUCUCUGCCCUGCGCAGCUCUGGAGUGUAAAGAAUGGACCAUUGCUAAGCCAGGUGCUCCUCAUGAUCUCCAUGUGUUGGAGGUGCGUGACAGUUCCCUGGUGUUGCUGUGGGAACCUCCUACCUUCGAUGGCCGUACUCCUGUCAACGGCUUCUAUGUGGACAUCAAGGAGGCCGUGGCAGGGGAGGACUGGAAGGGAGUACAUGAGAAGGCCACCAAGCUGAAGUACAUGAAGGUCAAUGGUCUGAUUGCAGGCAGGUCUUAUGUGUUCAGGGUGCGUGCUCAGAACCUGGCUGGAGUGGGAAAGACUUCUGCUGUGUUAGGACCUGUUCUGGCUCUGACCAUGCCUGGUACUCAUGAGAUAAUACUGGAUGUGGAUGAUGAUGGUGUGAUCUCCAUGAUCUUUGAGUGUUCUGAGAUGGCCGAGGGGUCAGAGUUCAUCUGGUCUAAGAACUACAAGACUCUGACAGACACCUCCAGACUCACCAUCGUCACGGAGGGGGGCAAGUCCAGAGCAAUCUUUAAUGCUCCCAGUCUGGAGGACCUUGGUAUCUUCUCCUGUGAGGUUACCAACACUGUUGGAGUCUCAGCCAGCUACACUCUAACGGAGGCUGGUCUGAAGCGUCUCCUGGACAUCAGCCACGAGCACAAGUUCCCCAUCAUUCCCUUCAAGACUCAGAUGGCCAUGGAGCUCCUGGAGAAGGGUCGUGUGAGGUUCUGGACCCAGGUUGAGAAGUUCACCACUGGCUGCCAUGUGGACUAUGUCUUUAAUGAUGUGAUCGUAGAGAACGGAGAGAAAUACCAAAUGAACUUUGACAAGAACUCAGGCAUCAUUGAGAUGUUCAUGGACUCUCUCGCGGUCACAGACGAGGGAACAUUCACCUUUAACCUCGUGGACGGGAAGGCCAAGGGGUCCACCAGCCUGGUGCUGAUUGGAGAAGAGUUCAGAGAGCUCCAGAAAAAGUCAGAGUUUGAACAUGCUGAAUGGAUCAGAAGACAAGGUCCUCACUUCGUGGACUAUCUUGGUUUCCAGGUCACCCCAGAAUGCAACGUGCUGCUGAAGGCCACGAUAGGAAACAUCAGGCCAGAGACAGAGAUCAGAUGGUACAAAGACGGACUGGAGAUUGAAGAGGAUGAUGCUGAUUACAAGAAGAUCGAGAUGAAGGACGAGGUGUUGAUCUUCAACAUCGGAAAGUUGUCCAAAAAGGAUGCAGGUGUGUACGAGGUGAAGCUAAAGGAUGCCAGAGGAAAAGACAAGAGCAUGUUCAACCUGACUGAAGCAGGUUACCAAACUGUGCUAAACGAGCUGUUCAGGGUGAUUGCCAACUCAUCAACUGAGAUCAGUGUGAAGAGUACAGAACAUGGUAUCGUCCUCUACUCCUUGAUCACCUAUCACAUGGAGGACCUCCAAGUCGGCUGGCUGCACAAGGAAGGAAAGAUCGCCCACUCUGACAGAGUCCAGUGUGGAGUGACCGGGGAGCAGCUGUGGCUCAAGGUGAAUGAGCCCACAGAGAAAGAUAAGGGCAAAUACACAAUCAAUAUCUGUGACGGCAAGGACGGGGUUAAGAGGUUCUGUGACCUGUCUGGACAAGCCUGGGAGGAAGCCUUUGUAGAGUUCCAGAGGCUGAAGGCUGCUGCCAUUGCAGAGAGAAACCGUGCCCGCGUUGUGGGAGGUCUGCCAGAUGUGGUCACUAUCCAGGAGGGCAAGUCUCUGAACCUGACAGGCAACGUGUGGGGUGACCCUGCACCCGAGGUCACCUGGAUGAAGAACGACAGAGAGCUGGUGUCUGACGAACGCUACGCCCUCAAGUUUGAACACAGCAAGUUCGCCAGCAUCACCAUCGCGGCGGUAACCACGACCGACUCAGGGAAGUACGCACUCCUGGUGAAGAACAAGUAUGGAACUGAGGCAGGAGAGUUCACUGUGUCCGUCUACAUCCCAGAGGAAGAGAAGAAGAAAGAGUAG